GCAUCUUUGCAAUUUUUCCGUUCAAAAGCUAAUAAAUAAAUACAUUAUUAAACCCAAAAAAGGAGCGACGAUGCUGUUGUACUCCAAAACAGCUGACAACUGAUAAUAAACUACAGAUGGAAGAGCACGAAAACAGGAAUCCCGAAACCACCCUUAUAAAGGGUUCGUCGAAAUCUUUGGCGGUUGGCUUUCCGCCUCAUUCGCGACUUGCACUUGCUCCGGAAUAGAUUUCACCGAAUACAACAAAUCACGACGCUGCUGCGACACGAGCACAAGUAGACGCUCCAACAAAUGUCUCUGUGGGAGGUUGAAAUAUUGAUAUAACCUGCGCCCUCUUCCCCGCCCGUCGGCUAUGGAUUGGUAACGUUGCACAUUGCGAAAUUCAAGCUAUUCGUCAUCGCCAUCGUUGAGGAAAUCCCCGCUGAACAAUGGCUUUAGCUAGCGCCGCAGCCGCUCUGCUCAAGAGUUCACAGACGCCGCUGCAGCAGCUGCUGGAGGACAUCAACUUUCAGCGCACCAAGGAGAUGCGGCAGCUGCUCAAAGAUGAUGGCGGCUUUGUGGUGCUUCAGGGCACAACCUACUGGACGGAUCUCUUUGUGCGGCACUUCCUCUUCCAGACAGAACCCGAGCACAGCAUCGAUUCGGACGAUUUGCUCUUCUUUGUGCGCAAGAAGCACGUAAAGAGCUCUUCUCGCCAUAUGCCAAAAUAUGAGACUGAGGUGGAGGUAUUCCGCAAGGACUCGCGCAAACUGCCCAUCGGCGAUCCCGAUGUGGACUGGGAGGAGACGGUCUAUCUCAACAUGGUCAUUCAUCAGUUCGAUUACACCCUGACGCUGGCCAUUUGCACCAGAACAUCGCCCAAGGAGCUGCAGGUGCUGCGCAGGCACUCGCAGCGCGUCUACGCCAGUCCCAGCCGCAGGAAGAUGGACACCAAGGGAGAGGGCGAGGAGAUAACGUAUCCGCACAUCUGCUUCAUGGUCGACAACUUCGACGAGGUGUUCAGCGACAUUCUGGUGCGCGAUGGCGAGAUGGUGUGCGUCGAGCUGGUGGCCAACGACAAGGACGGUGCAGUUCAGGGCGUCAUAUUCCUGGGCUCCAUACGAUACGAUGCUCUCAAGAAGGUGUACGAUGCCAGGCAAUCGAGUCUCAGUUCCAAGGUGGCGCAGCGCAUGUCGUUUGGGCUCUUCAGCAGCGGUGCCGGUGUGCAGACACGCUGCGAGUUUGUACGCAUGAAAGGACCGCAGGGCAAGGGCCAUGCCGAGAUGGCUGUGACCAAGCCAAAGGGAUCCGGCGUGGAGACGCCCACCAGCGAGCCGGGCUUCUGUGCCACCGACAUGUGGGACGAGUGGGAGGAGGAGAACGAUGACUACUGCACCUACCGUCACCAGCGUCGACUGAGCGAUCCCAGCGCCAAUCUGAACAACUUCUCGCGCUACGGCUGGCGUACGAAGAAUGCCAACGCUCAGGAUAUGGUGGGCAGCGGCACCAGCCCCAAUGUCGGCGCCAAGGCACGCUCCGAGAACGAGGGACUGGACUCACUGGCCAGCGAGGUGUCGGAAAUCGAGGCCGGCGACCUGCGCGACGAUCAGCAACGUCCUGCUUUCUCGGCCUCCGCGGCAAAACUGCACUCGAAUCCGCAGUGCUCCGAGUCCGAAGGGCUUGCCCCCACACAGGGCGACCUAGACAAGGUGCCGCCGUCUCACGAAUCUCCAGUUGGUGUAGCGGCAGCGGCAGCUGUUCCGGCUGUUACACCACCGCCCCUAAGCGCUGCCAUUGAGGUGACUGUGGCCAGCGAACAAGCUGGCACGAGCACGACCACGGGCUGCAACUGCUUUGGCGGCAAAAAGUGCAAGAAGCGCUGGGCAUCGGCCAAUAGCUCAGACACCCCGGAGAUGUCCGAGAUGUACUGCCCCAGAUGCGAGGAUCCGUCCAACGAGACGCCUGCCUGUCUCAGCAAGAUGCCGGACAAGCGACCGUCUCGUCUCAAGCCAAAGUCCAGCAUUUUGAGUGUGGAGAGCGAGCUGCUGGUGGCCAAAAGAAGCAGCCUGCGAAUGCCCGCGGACAGCAAACGCAAGCCGCUUGGCGGUAGUAUCACAAGAAGCGCCUCCCUCAGUGCCGCCGAUCGCAGAACGAGUCUGCCAGUGGCCACCAAGAAGAUAUUCACCCCAAGACUGCGCCCAGCCAAGGCCAAGGAACAGGAAAAGGGCAAAGACAAAGAGAAAGAGAAGGACAAGAACAAGGAAAACGACAAAAAGUGUUCGAAUCAGAAACUCAACGGAUCGGCGAGUAAUUUUCUGUCCAAGAUGUCACCCAAGCGGCUGAGACAAGCCAAGGACAAGGACAAGGAAAUUGACAAGGCCAAGACCAAGGCGAACUCUCCUCCAUCCAAGGCAAAGGCUGGCAACAAUAACAAUUCAAAGACGCCCAAUUCGACACCGCCUGCUAAGACGGAGGAAUAUGAAAUAGCCGACGAUGCCACCUCCUUGAACGGCAGCAAGUCUGAGCUGGGCGCUGGUGGGGCGCCCAAGAUGGCCAUCAUGAGCGAGAGCGAAAGCAAGCUGAUGAUCAGCGUGCGAGGGCGCGAAGAGCUGCCUGUUGGGGAGUCCGAGUCAACCACGACAUCCUCGCAACGCUUCGAGAAGUGUGUUCUUGUACCUGUCGAGCCGGAAGACCACCCACUGCAGCCGGCCAGUCCGUCCGGCAAUGAGAACGAUAACGACAACGAUGAGCUGGUGGCCUCGGUCGUCUCGCCCACGGAGCUCACACCGAUGCUGGACGUGGCCAAUGGCAAUCAGGCGUCUAGUGCCACUUUGCCACGCACUUCCAAGCAGUCGCACAGCAGCAAGAUGUUGCAUCUGGUGCCCAAGCGUCGCACCCCGGACGGCACCAACAUAUACUAUUGGUGCGAUGUGCCCAAGAAGGCCCUAAAAGAGCUCGACGAUGGUGCCUACAAUCCGCUGUGGACCAGUCGCGGCUUUACGCAGUCCUUUCACUUCUGGAAGGAGAACCGAAGACAGCAAUCGACGCCACUCAAUGCAUUCCUCACCUAUGUGACACUGCCCUGGUGGAGCAUUGCAAAGGAUCUACUGGAUCAUCGGGAGACGCCCAUUUUGACCUUUUAGUAUUAAAUUUAUUUGCGAUUGUGAUUUGACUUUAUGCUUUAUAGUUAGUUUUAUCUCUAUGUAUUUUUUACUGGAUCGUGUGCGCCCCCAGUCGUGUGAUUUGUUAUCAGUUACCUCGUUGUGCAGUCUCUCAAUCGCGUAUUUCAGUUUGUUAAUCAGUUUAUUCGCUUCGCUCACUACGAAUAUUGAGUUUCCUAAGCGCAUCCCAUGUCGGAUGCAGAGGCCAACCAACAAAUUUAUAAACUAUAAUAUAUGCCACGAGAUAAUGAACGAUAAUGAUGCUACCGGAAUAUAUAGAUAUAUGUAAUUGUAAUAUUAUUUGUAAAUUGUAUGGCAACAUUUAUACCACGAACUAUACAAAUAUACUAAUAGAAAACGGA